CCCGCCCACACACUCGCAGCGGCUCGUACUCGUUCUUCACAAGGCAAGAGUUUCUUUGCACCGCUCCGUCCUGAGUGUGUGCAGGUAUGGAGCUGCUGCAGGGUCUAGAGGUCUACAUCCCCCCAGAAGCUGAAGUGAAGCGCGUGCCUCUGCUCUCUCUCUCCACUUCUGUGCGUCGUAAGAUGGGCCUCUCUGCAGGGCUGGACUCCCUCCCGGAUUCCCCUCUCUGUGUGUGGAUCAGUCCGGCUCUGUUCCAAAGGAAGGGCCAGAAGGAUCUGCCCCAGAGUAGAGGCGCGGUCAGACAGCAGGUGCUCAGUGUGCUAAACAACAGCCAGGCCUGCCCCAGCUUAAGCAAAGGUUAUGGCCAGUGUAAGAUGACCUUUGUGACUGCUCACUCUACAGCCUACAAGGUCCUGAAGGAGACCCUCCCUAUGGACUCAAACACACAGCUCUGCAGCUCCCCCAGAGUCCCCCAGGGGGUGCUGUCUGAAACUGAGCUGGAUGCAGUCAUCAUUCACCAGGGGCGAGUUUACCUGUCCGUGAAAAAAGCCAAGAAACAAGCAGCCAAGCCCCAUAGCAUUGCCACGGGCCAGGUGGAGCCAGUCAUCCACACUACGCUUAAGAGGAAGCGGAACUCUCCAAGUGAGGGCACAAAUAAGUCCCGAUCCAAUCCCUCAGCAGGGCAGCAAGGCGUCGCUCAGAGUCAAGGGUCCAGUGCAGGGACCAGUCACAGCCUCAGUGCCAGUGUGGGAGCCCCUCAGAGCCACACUGUCAGUGUGGGAGCCCCUCAGAGCCACACUGUCAGUGUGGGAGCCCCUCAGAGCCACACUGUCAGUGUGGGAGCCCCUCAGAGCCACACUGUCAGUGUGGGAGCCCCUCAGAGCCACACUGUCAGUGUGGGAGCCCCUCAGAGCCACACUGUCAGUGUGGGGCCCCUCAGAGCCACAGUGUCAGUGUGGGGGCCCCUCAGAGCCACAGUGUCAGUGUGGGGGCUGGUCAUUGCCAGGGGGACACCAGGUACGAGGAGCCACCAGAGGAAUCCAUUGAUGAGGACUCUGGUCUGGCCCUUUACAGUGGCCAGCACGACGACACUGACAGCUAUGACCCCUCAUUGGCCCAUCAUCACGUCUUGGACCCCUCUGAGCCGAACAUUGACUAUGAGGAGCUGGCGUGCAGAGAGAGGAUCGCACUGAUGAAGGCCAAACUGGAGUAGAGACGCGGCGUGCAGUGACCUCAACGACCACCGGGCACCACCGGGCACCACCGGGCACCACCGGGCACCACCGGGCAUCACCGGGCAUCACCGGGCAUCACCGGGCAUCACCGGGCAUCACCGGGCAUCACCGUUACCAGCCAAGAGCAAGAUCUGGAUUUGGAGAAGAUUUCCCAGUGAACAAUCCCAAAGGGCCAGUGCAUAUGACAGGCUUUCAUGAUUUUCUAAUUUGGUCAUAGUACCUGUGCUAAAUGAUUAUUCUAGUUUCAUAUCAGUCCAGUGGCAGUUUUUGGAAAAAACGUUGAGCAAAAAAAUGGAGACGCACAGAUGCAGCAUAUCGAUGUUAUGCUUAGAGUAUCUGUCCAUAUUAACUGAUACCAGUGUAGGGACUAAACAUGAAUUUUUUUUCUCGCAAGACAUAAUUUAUUACAAAAUGUAUCCAGUUGUGUUCAAUAACUGUUAUUUAUCCUGCAGGUAAGUACAGAACAGCUUUGUAUGGAUUAAAGUUCAAACAUGAAACUUACAGUCAGUAAAUGGCCCCAUUACAUCAAAUUAAAGGCCCAACCAGGAUAUCGACUGAACUGAUACCAUGGAACAGAAACCAGACCCAGUAGAUUUUCCUGGGUCAGUGCUAAUAUUCCACACACUAUUGGUAUCUGUGCUUCUCUACAGAAAAAGUAUACAAACACAGGAAGUGGUGAGUUCUAAUAUAUGAUGUUGACUAUGUUUUAGAGAAAUGAGUAGUCUUACCUGUCAUAUGCACUAGCCCCCCGCAGUGCCCCCUGUGAUCAUCCGGACGUUUGCCAAUGUGUUAUUUUGUGUACAGAGGAGAGAUUAUUAUGUUGUAUGAUAUCAAACACAAAUAUGAUCAUUUUAUGGCUCAAUGAAACCAAACACAUGCCUUAGUUUGAAAGCACAUUUAUGAUACGACUUUCCUAUACUAUUUUUUUAUUUUUUCCCCACCUCUAUAUAGCAGUACUUGUUUAGUAUUUUUAGAAAUAUAUGUAUACAUUAGGACAAUAUUUAAUAUAAGUAAAUUUCCCAUUCAAUUUCCCUGUAGACAUUCCAGAAAAAAGAAAAAAAGUGGGUAGUACUCAGUUAUAUUUACAUUUAUAUUAACAGACUAUAUUUAACUCCUACUCCUACAUAAGUUAUAUUUUUAAUUGAAAUAACUGUUGUGGUUAUUCUUCCCACUAUGAGUUAGUUGCAUAUGAGUAACUCUAAAGUGACAAAAGCUUUAUUUGACAAUAUGAAAUGAUUUGAAUGUUUGUGUUUCUUGCAAUGCUCCUACAGAUAUGAUUUUGAUAUGUAUUUAAGGUACUCUUACUUGAGUAAGUUCAUGGACCACUAUGAUGUACUUUUAUUUAAGGAAUAUUAUCGUAGCCUCUGCAGUGCCUUUGAAGCCUUAAUAUUUGAGUCUAUGGACAAAAAUAAUGGUAAAAGGACUUAGACUUGGGCAGGACAGUGGAGCCCAGAUGAUUUUAUUUCACUGUACGAUGUAAAUGAGUUAAAAAAAAAAUCUGCCAAUUAUUUUCCAUACAUUAUUGCUCCUACCUCUGCUCUUUUUCACUUUAGUUUUUGUUUCAAAAGAGAAAAAAAAAGAAUUGUUUGUAGUUAAUUGUGUGAAAAUUCUUGUCACACUUUAAACAAUCUAUCCUUAUAUUUUAAUACUUGAAAGGUCCUGGGCAUGAUUUUUUCACAUGUAUUUUAGUUCACUUUGUCCCGGUACAGAUAUGUUGAAUAAGCAGCUCUUGAGGUCAAAGGAAGUCCGCUGAAUGCUGUCUCCAUGUCAUUCUAAAGCUGUUUAUUGUCUGAUUAUCAGGAAGUGUCCAUUAGAAUGCUAGCCCGCAAAUCAUUUAAAAUGAACCGGUCCUGUUUUUCAAAUUUUUAAGACUUAAAAUCUGGUACAGUGCCUUUAAUGAUAAAAUAUUGUGGAGAGUGGAGAGCCUGCUGCAGUGUGUUCAGAUUGGGUGAGUCAGAGGGAUGAGGCUGUUGACUAAACGCUGUGAAACUGUCACGCUGUCCAGACUAAACACACACAGGCUGAACCGGGCUCUCCUUGGACUUCCUGAGCUCCCUCUCAGCUCUGUUAUGGACAGUUGACUUUUCUCAAUGUAUUUGUCUUUGUCUAAUUUAACGAACAAAUGGAUUUAUUUCCCCAAAAAAAUAUCUUUCAAAAAAAGUAUUCUUACUGUGACAUGGCUUGCCUCACCAGAGACUUGACAUGUAACAUUUCCUUGGAGAGGGGAUCCAUAGAGAUUUUGUGGAAUAUUCCAAAUAUGGCAUGAAUUCUGUUUUUUGCUGGUCUAUUCACUGACGUGAAUCUAUGUUUGACAAAAUGGUUUCAUUUAUGUGCCUUACAAUAAUAUGUUUUUCUAUAAAGUCUGAAAUGCACUU